AUGGGGAUGAGUGCAAUGAAUUGGAGCACCGGCAUCUGUGACUGUUGCUCUGAUAUGAGCUCCUGUUGCUACGGAUAUUGGUGUUUCCCCUGCAUGCAGUGUCAGACAGCCAGUAAAAAUGGAUGGUGUUGCGCAAUGCCACUCCUGGACAUUUGCUGUGUGGUGUCCUGCUUACUCCGUCAGUCCAUCAGAAAGCGCUACAACAUUGUUGGCUCGUUCGUUGAUGAUGCCAGCAAUGUGAUUUUCUGUCACCCAUGCGCCUGGUGCCAGAUGUAUCGUGAGCUGAACAUCAGGGAAAACCAGCAGCCUGCUAACUCAUCAGUGGUCACCACUCAGGUGGUCCGUGGAUAA